AUGAGACAAACCGUCACCGCCAUGAUGGAACGGCGAGGGAGGUAUUCAAGCCCUAGUCAUGGCGAGAUGCAACGUUCAUUGCUUCGGCUUGAAAGUGACAGAGCUAUUGCCGUGGAGACACGCACUCGACAGGCAACACUCGGCGACUUGUUGGAUCCACGUUAUACCACUGAUCUGCCCUCAUCGACUUUCAACAACAUUACUGAUCCAGACAACGCAGAUCAGAAUGCAGAUCCUGGAGCGCCUUUGGAAGCCCACUACCUACCUUCCACAGCGACUGAGAGCGAUGCUUACCAGAAAGUGAGCCAUAGUGCUUACUUAAAUGAGGACACUCAGACUGAAAACGGAAUUACAUCGCCUAUAAGAUUGGGCCAGUCCGAAAUCGCAGUGCCAAAUACGUUUCGAGAUAGCGGAUAUGGAUCGAUGAACGAGGAGAUUUCUUAUUCUCCAGUAGACAAGAAGCCUGACAAGAUCUCCGAGGUUAGCAAUGUAGGCCUUGAGAACAGUGCCUCAGAUCACAGGCGCCGCCAAGUAGGUGCUCGACAGCACCGAUACGAUGCGGAAAGGCAUGAAAGAACUACAUGUGACCAUCAUUCGCCAGAAAAACAAAUUGGGGCAGUAGAUGAAGAGUAUGCAUGGGUAGCUGUUGAGCGCCAGCUUCUGGAGACAUCUCCAGAAAACACCGAGGAUGCGGAUGAGUCUAAAACUGGGGCUCUCACCGAAGAAAUUGAUUUCCUCAAAAAGGCAGAUAAGAGAAAGAGCAGUUUAGAACGAUCACCGCCACCCGAACACGCUGGUUACAUCCCAGAAGAUUACUAUGCUGACUGGGAACAAGUACCAUCACCUGCAGCAGCUGGUCAUUACAUUUUGAGAAGACCGAGCGUUCCCAAUUACGAUCCAUAUUCCACGUCAGACCUAGAAGAGCCACUAGACGCACCGCCAAAAAUACCAACAACAAUUCACCUCAAAGCCGUUGCACAACUCAUACCGAGAGAUUGCACAAAGAUGAUCAUUGACUUUCUGAAGCAAAACUCAUCAAGGAUAGACGUCUUUCGUACACGCCGGGAGAUGUAUUCAGGCAAUACCAGCGGUGGUACUAGAUCCAUUGUAACAAACUUCAGUCCUGCCUGGGAUAGUCGCGUUGAGCUUGGUUUUCUCACAGAUGCUAUGUUGUGGCUGGAUGCAUUACUUUUGCCUUUUCGGGACGAGAUUUUGGCGGAGGAUAACGAGUAUUUAAAGCCACGUCUGGAGCAUGCGGUCCGCAUAUGGCACGCAAUAAAGGACCCGUCAUCCAAAGAUCCGGAUCUAUUAAACGAAGAAGAAGAGAUCCAGAUUGAGAUGAUAUCCAAUUGCAUUGCUGAAAUCCAAUCCUCGAAUCAAAGACGCACAGAGCUUCUGGAAUCUACGAACAUUGACGUCGGGAUUAUUGAAAACCUCCUAAUGUCCGCUGAGACUGUCAGACACCGCCGAGACUUGGACCGAGAAAACGACCAAAGAGAUGAUCUAACCGAUAGUCUACGACGCAUCUAUCGCACUGUUGUAUGCACUAUCCCGGUUGGUCUGUCAGAAGACGACGCGGUCGUACAACCUAAACAAAGUUUUAAGAUACAAUACAAAGGCGGUCCCUUCAAUCCCUACGUACUUCCAGACCCUCCAGAGAUCUUCAGUCAUGUCUCUACCGAUACCAGAGUUACGACCCAAGGUUACACUGGAGUACCGCUCAGUGAGCAACGAGCAUCGCUAAGCGACGAAUAUUUUCACGGAAUGCAUGAAGAGAUGUUCCAAGUGAUUGCCGCACAGAGUCAAGACUCUGCAGGGACAGCAAAGCUUGCGAAGAACGCGAAUUGUAUGGACCGGGAUUGGAGAAGAGUCUACGAUCCACUUUUUGGGGAGGGCAUGCGCAGAUAUGAAGGAGCCGCAAGUCGAAGGAUCGAGGAAGAGGAGCAUGAGGCCAAGCGGCAGGACAGGAAGCGAGAUGCUACAGAAGAGGUAAAGAAAUCUAGUACAGGAGAAGAAAUAACGACUGGGACAACAUUUUUCCAGUCUUCCCCUGCGUUCAGCGACUACACGUGCUUCACGGACACUUCUGUCGAGAUUACUCUGCCUUUCCAGGAUGACAGCAAGCCUGCUAGCUCCAAGAUGAAAUUUUGUCUUGAUAUCAACAAACCGGGGGGGUGCGCCAACCGAGACGCAUGCCCACAUGAUCACAGCAACAAAGGCGUUUUCUGCAAUAAGAAUCCAUGUGCUUUUGCAAAUGCAGGAACUUGCGCCUUUCUCCAUACCGGUACCCGUACCGCUCGUCCGAGCCAGUCUUCACCCGAAGUUUGCGACCCGAAUCUGAUAGAUCUGAGACCCAUCUUGAGUCAAGUCUUGGCCACCCCCAGAAGAUACAAGGCAUGUACAUUUGUCAACAAAUCUCGAGGGUGCAAAACCGAGAACGAAGGCAAAGUGUGUGGAUUCAAUCACACUUUGAGAGGUGUAUCGUGUCCGGAUCUCGGACGGGACAGAAGCUGCCCACGAGGGGAUCGUUACUGUCCAUUGAUGCAUAUCUCUAGCAACAAUGAAAACACUGGUUCUACCGCUGCAGACCCUUCGUGGGCUGUAUCGAUUCCAUCAAGAGUCCAUGAUCCUGUAUUUCAACGAAACUCGAAAGCACUACCUUCCCCUGUCACAUACCUUACACAAUCGAAUGAUCAAGGCCUUGGGAUAGCACUAGGAGAACAGCAGCAACCUUUCCAAACAUCACAUACAACUCUACCGUCAUACCCUCUGAUUCAACCACAGCAACAAUUGAGCAACAACCCUAUUCUGAAGCCUAGCGUUCCUACAGGUCCGCGAAACCAGCCACAGUCAUUAGCUCUAACAACUUCCAGGACGGUGUCUCAAGCUCGACGACCCUCAAGCGACGUUAUCUCCAACCAGUUAGAACGGGGCCUACGCAUUCGUGGUGCAACCGGACGAGGCACAAGUCCACAUUUUUCGGCACAAUAUCGGACAGAGGCCAAUGUGAUUGCGACAUCGAGACAACCGCAGCAGUAUGGCUUCCAGGAUCUAUCAGGCGAAAACCAGUCAAGCAACUAUUAUGAUGCGUCAGGAACCCACAAGCGCAAGCACGGUGAACAGCAGAACCGGAAUCAGGGCGCAGUGACUCGGGAUAGGCUUAACAGCUCGUUUGGUCCUGGAAAUCUGAUUCGAAAUCAAGACUACAAAGAGGCGAUCUACGAUGAUGGAUAUGGCUAUACUGACAGACAUGAGCUUGACGAGGAGAAAGCAGAUCUAGCUGAAGGUAGUCGCUCCUCCAAAAAGAGGCAUAAGAACGACCAAUAUAAUAUCGGGUAUCCGGGCAUGGGUCGCAGAUCUUGA